ACUGGUCUGCUGGAAAUUGAAAGAAGAAGAAGAAAAACGAGGAAAAAGCAAGAUGGCGUUUGAUAAGAAGGCCCAAACGUUGGCAUUAUAGUUCUGUAUUUUUAAUUAGUGCAUACAUGACGUUUAGUGAAGCAAACAUUGUUUACAGUUGUUUGUAUUCUGAUACAUUAGUCUGGCGCACUUUGAUGCUUCUUCCUGUACUAUUUUAGCUGGCAAAUGAGCUAACCUUGCUAGUUAGCUUAGCUUGUUAGCUGCUAACAAAGAGACGUGGAAGUUAUCAACACAUCGCUAAGCAGAGAUCAAGUGUGAGUGUAAAGUGUUGUGAUUGUGUGAAAAUGUGCGAGAGAACGAUAGCAGAGUACGAGGAGGAACUUUGUCCAACAAACGAGGGGAAGGAGCGACAACAUCAACUACUGGACGCCUACUAUAGGAAACAUCAUCAGAUUGUUUCGCAAACAGAUGUCCAGCAGCCCCCGCACAUUAAAGAGGAAUAUUUACAUCCCCCUUGUGUAAAAGAGGAGGAGGCAGAGCCAUCCCACAUUAAAGAGGAAGAGGAGGAAGUGUGGAGCAGUCAGGAGGGAGAGUGUCCUCUCGGGCAGGAGGAGACUGAUCUCACUGUGAAGACUGAAGACCAUGAAAACAAACCACCUAAGUCCUCACAGCGUCAUCACAGUCCAAACGUCUGUAAAGAACAUCAUCUCCCUCUGCAGCAGGAAGACAGCUUCAAGAUAGAGCAGGAGGAACUACAAAUCUACCACAGUCAUGAGGAAGAGAAGGCACCACCGACCUCACACUUUAAAAAGAGAGAUGUUGACGCACUAACCCCCAACAUUAAAGAGAAAAAGGAAGUGACACAGCCCCACCACUUAAAAAAGGAAGAACAAUACCCACUGACCCUGCAUGUUAAAGAGGAAGAGGAGGAACAGAGCAUCAGUCGGGAGGAGGGAAAGCAUCUUGAAUGGUCGGAGGAGUUCCCAGUGAUUGGUGUGAUUGUGAAGAGUGAAGAUGAUGAGAUCAAAGAUGAAAGUGAGGAGAAGAGAGUGGUGGAGCCUCCAAGCAGCAGCUCAACUCAACACAUAACAACAGAAGCUGAUGGAGACCACUGUGGAGGAUCACAAGCAGACAAGCUCUUAGCGCCACUAUCAGAUAGUGACGACACAACGUCACACUCUCCUGACACUGAUGAUGAAGACUCUAAAGCCGACAAGACAUGUCACACUGACAACACACGCUUUAAAUGUUCUCACUGUGACAAAACUUGUAAAUACCGUUGUGAUCUUAAAAUACACAUGAGAAAACACACUGGAGAAAAACCUUUCACCUGUUCAAUCUGUAGUAAAGGUUUUGCAGAAAGUCAAAAUUUGAAAGUACACAUGAGAAUACACACGGGAGAAAAACCAUUCGUGUGCUCAGUUUGCAGUAAAAGAUUCUCUCUGAAGCAAGCUAUGAUUAGACACACAAGAAUACACACUGGAGAAAAAACUUUUUUCUGCUCAGAAUGUGGUAAAGGUUUUAUACAAAAUAGUGAUUUGAAAAUACAUAUGAGAACACACACUGAAGAAAAAUCUUUUUCCUGCUCAGAAUGUGGUAAAUAUUUUCUCCAAAGACAGUAUUUAAAAAAACACAUGAGAAUACACACUGGAGAAAACCAGUUUAACUGUUCAAUCUGUGGUAAAGAUUUUGUAAAACGUCAAUAUUUAACAGUACACAUGAGAAUACACACCGGGGAAAAACUUUUUAUCUGUUCAAUCUGUGGUAAAGGUUUUGUACAAAGUAACAAUUUAAAAGUACACAUGAGAAUACACACUGGAGAAAAACUACUGUCCUGUUCUAUCUGCGGUAAAGAUUUUGUACAAAGUCAACAUUUGAAAGCACACAUGAGAACACACACAGGAGAGAAAGUGUUGAGUUGCAGUGUGUGUGAUGAAAGAUUCUCUUAUAAGUACCAGUGUAAGAAACACAAGUGUGCUGGUGUGAACAGCAGCAACACAUGAAGCUGCAGGGUUUGAAAUCAACUGUCUCGACUUUUAUUAACUUUGGCUUUCUUACAUCAGCACAUAUAACAUGAUUGACAUCAUUGUUAAUAUGCUUCUACAUUAAUAGAUGAUAUAUUUUAGAUUAGUGUUUUUUUCAGUCAAGUACAAGCAAUAAUAUACAACAUUGUGUACUUUAAUUAAAAGCAGAGAAAUUUGACUGAAAAAGGUGAGAGUAAACAGUACAAAACAUGUACGUUACAUACAAUGAACAUUUAAUGUGUAUAUGAAUAUUCAUAAUUCAAUUUUAUGCUUACUCAUAACAGUGUUUUCAUAUAGCAUUUUGAAAUAAUGAAUUGUUGUAUAUGUUAAUUUCUAAUUGUAAAUGAUUCCAUAGAUGAACUGUAUAUGAUAUACAUAUUUGUUUUACUUGUGUUCAUACCUUUGCUUUUGAGUACACAAAAAGCCCUCUUAAUCAUGUUUACUGGUUCACAUCUGAAACAUCUUCUAGAUCACUUCUGGAAGCAUAUUAUUAUUUACUUUAUACAUCAUUUGAGCAGUUGUGUUUUAUACAAGAUUAUUUACUUUUGAAAUGUCUGACGUGUUGAAUCAUUUCUUGGGUCUUGAUAAUACAUUCUUUAAACUUUAUUACUCUUUUUUUUGUAAUAUGAAUAUUGUUUUGUGAUUAUUUUAUAAGUAUGUCCCCAGACCUUUAUGCAAUAUGUAAAGUAUGCUUCAACUAAAGUUGGUAACAAUAAAUGUAGUUAUUUGUUA